AUGAUGGAAAAUGCAUUAGUUGCUGAAGUCCAUAUCAUCACAAGAGAGUAUUCUACCUCAAGAUCAAAUAAAAAUAAAUGAAGAGUUUUUAGGAAAACUGCAACCCCGCCUCCUACAAGUAUUAUUGACUACCAGCCCACCAGCGGAGAGGAUAUGCUUGCAAUUAUUUAUCAGAAGAAGCUAGAUGUAGUGGACGGUUAUUUAUUUAGUCAUCUCUAUAAGAGAUUGAUGCUAAAAAGAAACGAAGUUUUGUUCAAAACUUUCCUAAGUUUAUGGAAUUUAAUCAACCCUAUUAAGAUGCCAGGAAUCUCGAAAAAAGUUUAUUUUAGUUUAUAUGAAAUCAUAUAUGUUGAGAUAUUGAAUGCCUCCACAGAAGAACAGUCAGUAAAAUCAAUGGUUUUAACUGAUAUGAAAAUUGAUUUUGGAGACUCUGAAUGCUUAGGGUUAUCUGAUUUCUAUGAUGGAUUCUUUGAGUGCCUAGACACAUUUACUAGAAGCACUUUAGUAAUAGAGUACGUCAGAGUUUUAAAGCAGAUCCAUGGGCACCUGCUAAAAUCACAGUGGUUUAACCAGCUGAAUUUAUCUGGAAGACUUCAUUAUAAAGAAGGAGCGAAACCUCAAUAUUCUCCUUGGAUGAUACAAUAUUUUAAGCCAGAAGAAUCAUUAUUUCAUAAAUCUUCUGCCAGAAGUAUUCCUUCUCUAUUUAAAGCACCUAUUGGAAGCGUCAGAAUAUCUGAAAGACUUUUGAAAGGGAGCGUAUUUUCAAGAGAAAAAUCCAGUGGGGAUAUUUUAUCUAAAAAAAUAGAAAUGCUGAUAAACCCGAAAGAAAGCAGAAAUCUGAGAAGCUCUAAUAAGCCGAGGACAGCUGGGCAAAAUUCAUUUGGAAAUUCAAGCUUCAAGCCUAAAAAUAGAAGACUAAGAAGUAUUGAAAUUGACCAUUUGGAUGUGGUUAGCCCUUUAUCAAUUGCAAUAAAGAAAUCGCGAAAAAAUAGCUCCUUAUUGGAAGAAAUAAUUGAAGGAAGGCGAAAUUAUUUUAGAAGAGUAUCAAGUCAAUCUCAAUUGAGUGAUUAA